GUUCAUCCUCGCUUUGUUUGUUGGUAGCAGUAAUGGAUGCUAGCACAGAAAAAGCUGCGAAGAAAAAAGUCUUGCAUUAACAGAUGACCAAUUGUAGCUUAUCGUCAACAUGUCCAUUUUAGAAGAAUACGAUAACGUAGAAGAAGAAAAAGUGAAGAUUCCUUCAUGCUUGAGCCUGUUUAAUGAAUGGAGAAUAUGCAGUUCAAAUCAAACUGUCUGCUGUUCUGACAUGGCAAUACACUAGUCUUAUAAUUCCUGCCUCUCAGAGACAGUUUCAGCACUACUACAUUUAUGGAAAAUUUGAUCGGUGCUCUGAUGAACAAAGCAAUUGGACCAAUUGCCUUAUAUGGAAGACACAAAAAAAGAAAGAAGCAAGGGACUCUAUACUUGAAAAUGUUAAACGAAAAGAAGAAGAACAAAAUAAAAAGCAUUCUGCACCGGUGUGGAAGUUCAGGAGGGACCCUGCGCAAGGUUGGAAUAGUGCUUAACUAAUCCAGUGCUUGUUGCUGUGGUCUUGUAAUAAUUUCCCAGUGCAUAGUGCAUAGUAUUGAGUGUUUGUUAUUUUCUAUAAAUAAUCUAAUGUGUUUUUACUUUCUUUGGUAUGAAAA